AUGGCUACUUCUUUAUCUUCUUCUGUUGUUCAUUUUCUUCUUCUGUUCGUCUUUAUCUCUUUCUCCAAUGCUCAGACAACACCAAAAAGUGCCGGUAUAAUUUUUGAUCUUGAGAGAGAUCCAUCAACGCUCCAAUAUAUGGUCAAAAUCAAUCAGGGAUCUCCUCGACGCGAAGUAAAACUAGUUGUAGAUCUAGGUGGAAAAUUACCAUGGUUCAGUUGUCGUAAGGGAUACAACUCAUCAACAGACCGACCAGUCAGUUGCGGGUCGCCUCAAUGCUCUAAAGCAGAAAAACCAGCCAAUACAUGUCCUAAGCCUUAUAAAAAAGCAUGUAGCAUUUAUAUAAGAAACCCAGUAACUCGGUCUGUGGGCAAAGGUGAGCUCGUUUCAGAUAUUGUAACCGUUAAAUCUAACCCUGACAGCCAGGAGACACCAGUUCCUUCGAACCGUAGAUUCGCGUUCGGUUGUCCAGCCGCAAACAAUAUCUUGAGUGGACUUGCUAAGGCUUCUAAAGGAGUGGCUGGUCUUGGGCGUUCAUCGGCUCUUUCUCUAGCUUCUCAAUUUGCUGUUGGUUUUCGGUUCCGAAACAUAUUUGCUGUGGAUUUACACGACGGUAUCACAGAUGAAAAAGUACUUGAAACAAAAGGUAAGAUUUAUUUUGGAGGUGGACCUUACAUUCAUUUUUCCUGGGGAAUUUCAGACUUGGCUGAUAGAGUUUUAACUUACACUCCACUCUUGGUUGACCCAAAAAGUAGGGAUGAAUAUUUUGUCAAUGUAAAAUCAAUCAAAGUACAUGGUGAAACGGUGCCCAUAAACAAAAAUUUGUUAUCCAUCAACAAGAAAACUGGAACAGGAGGAACAAAGAUCGACAUUCGAAUUCCCUAUACGACUUUGCAGACAUCAAUCUACAAGGCCUUUAUUAAGGCUCAUGGUGAAUGGGUUGAUCGCUUGAACAUUGCUAAUGCUGAACUGAUGGAUUUCCCAAACAUUACCAUGGUUGCUCCGGUUGCACCUUUUACCACUUGUUAUGACUCGUCCACCAUUAUUCUUCGAGGGGCAUCUGUUGUAAAUAAUGUUGCACCCAGUGUGUCUUUCGUUUUUCCCACGAGUGUUUGGAACAUCUCUUUUUUCGAUCUAGUCGUAGCUAAGGAGGGUGUCGCCUGUGUGGCCUUUGUUGAUGGUGGUUUAAAGCCUAAGACUUCCAUUGUUAUUGGUGCAAGGCAGAUAGGAUUCCUAGAGUUUGAUAUUUCAGGAUCGAGAUUGGGGUUUGAAGAACCAAAUCUUAAAGAAUCUGUUAACAGUUAA